AUGGUAGCUUCUGGUAUAACGAGCAAAAAGUCUUAUACAGCACAAGAUGUUCUUGUUGAUUUCUUGCUUGGAGGAACAGCUGGUGGUAUUAGUAAAACAGUUGUAGCACCGCUGGAACGUGUUAAACUGUUACUACAAACACAAGAUGUCAAUCAAAAAGCGUUAGAAAAAGGAAAAUAUAAGGGUUUCGGUGACUGUUUUGUUCGAUGUGUAAAAGAAGAAGGCCCAUUAUCAUUGUGGAGAGGCAAUUGGGCCAAUGUUAUCCGAUACUUUCCAACACAAGCAUUAAAUUUUGCUUUUAAAGAAACGUAUCAAAAGAUGUUUGCCGAUUAUAAUCCAAAAACAGAUCCAUACAAAUUUUUUGUAGGAAAUUUGUUUGCUGGAGGUUUGGCUGGAGCAACUGGACUUUUAUUUGUCUAUCCAUUAGAUUUUGCUCGUACUCGUCUUGGUGUUGAUAUUGGAAAAUCUGUACAUGACCGACAAUUUAAAGGAAUGAAUGAUUGUCUCGUCAAAAUAUACAAAGCCGAUGGCAUACGAGGACUUUAUCGUGGAUUUGCAAUUUCGGUUGCUGGUAUUUUUGUUUAUCGUGCAUUCUAUUUUGGAGGAUAUGAUGCAGGAAAAAAAUUUAUGUUUGGUGAUAAUCCAAAUCCAAAUAUUUUAUAUCGCUUUAUGUUUGCACAAGUUAUUACAUCAUCAUCAGAAUUUUUAGCUUAUCCUUUAGAUACAAUAAGAAGACGAUUAAUGAUGCAAAGUGGUCGCGGUGAUGUAAUCUAUACAGGAACAAUCGACUGUGCGACCAAAAUUCUACGAAAUGAAGGAUCAUUAGCAUUUUUCAAAGGAAAUUUAUCGAAUAUGUAUCGUAGCGUUGGUAGUUCAUUAGUAUUAGUAUUGUAUGAUGAAUUUAAACGAUGGUUUACACAAUUUACUACUAAAUAA